GUCAGUCAGUUGGUUUCCAUUCGUCGCCCGUCUGGAAUGAACUGAAUAAGAAGGAGAAGAAGCAGAAGAAGGAGAAGAAGGGGAAGAAGAAGGAUAAGAAGGAGAAGAAGAAGGAGAAGGAGAAGAAGAAGGAGAAGAAGAAGAAGAAGAAGAAGGUCAGAGGUCACCGCCGGCUGUCAAUCAUCUAAUGUGAACCAGACAGAAAACCACAUGGAGGCGUGACGAACAGUGGUCGACUCACAUUCCUUGCGCACACACGACCAAUGAGACGUCUGAUUGUCCGAGAUCCCCAGGGAAACAUUCUGAUGGGAUGACUGGACUCUUUACAGAAGAUGAAGAAAAAAACAAAAUCCCCCUGUUUUGCGGCCAUGAAGGCGUCCACCAGCGGACGCACAGGAAGUCUGAACGUGCUUCACUUCCUGUUGGGUGUGUUCCUGUUUCGUCCUGAAGAAGGCAUCUCUCUGGAGCUGCAUCCUUCAACCCCACAAGUUCUGCUCAACUCAAACUCCAACUUCACCGUGUUGUGUUCGGGGUGGAGUCAGGUGACUUGGCGGUUGCCUCAGCACUCUCAGGUGGAUGGCGUUGUCGUGGAGAAUCGUGGGUCCAGCAGCGUCCUGACGUUCUUUAACGCCACCUGGAGGAAUUCUGGGAAAUACACCUGUGAGGAGUUGUCAUCUUAUCAGAGCAGACAGGUCGACGUCUUCAUACCUGGCCAAGGUCCAGAGGAAUGGUUUGUCCCGCUCGGUCCGGGUGUGGUGAUGAAGGAGGCGGAGGAAGAUACCAUCCCCUGCGUGGUUUCCGACCCGCGGCUUAACGUCUCGCUGUACGAACGUCCCGGCAGGACGGCGGUCACCAGCACGACAUACGAGCCAAGCCGCGGCUUCACAGGUCGUCUGAAUGACACGUCGUACGUUUGCUCGGCUGCCUGCGGGGACGAGGAGAGAGAGUCACAGGUGUACUACGUGUUCAGCAUCGUAGUACCUAAGGUGAUGGAGGUAUCCCUGACAGUGUCCAGCAGCGUGCUAAAGCAGGGCGAGGCUCUGACGGUGAACUGCACCGUGAAAGACGCAGAGAUGGUCUUCUUCUCCUGGGACUUCCCCCGCAGACAGGAAGUCGAGCCAUUGACCGACUUCCUGCCCAAUCGGAUCCGCUCCUUCGUUAACAUCUCCAAGGCGUCAGUGGCAGACUCAGGUGUGUAUGUGUGUGAGGUGCAGGAGACAAUGCAGGAACGAACUGUGAAGAAGAACGUCACAGUAACAGUACUGGAGCGAGGUUACGUCUACCUGUGGCCUUCAGGUGACACCAACCUGUCGUCUCUCCUCCAUCACACAGUGGAGUUCAGUGUGGAGGUCGACGCCUACCCUCCACCCACAAUCCUCUGGACGAAAGACAACCACACUGUCGCCAUGGAAACCAACUCUGUCACCACAACACACCUGACAGGAAGCAGGUAUGUGAACACACUGACGCUGGUUCGAGUCCAGAUGGAUCAGACAGGAAGUUACACAUCGACUGUUUCAAACGACGACGACAUUGAGGAGGUCGUCUUCAAGCUGGAGGUCAAAGGUCAGAAAAAGAGGGACAGGAUGAUUGAAAGACAGUUUGUUUACCUGUUUGUGUCUGUGUUUACGUGUGUGUGUGUGUGUGUGUGUGUGUGUGUGUGUGUGUGUUUAUGUGUGUGUAUGUGUGUGUGUGUGUGUGUGUGUGUGUGUGUGUGUGUGUGUGCAGCGCCCCCCAGGAUCACGUCUCUGUCGGAGGUCAACAGUAAGGCGAUGCUGUGUGUCAGCGAGGGAGCUCCACCCCCAUCUGUCACCUGGUACACUUGUCACAGCUCACACAGGUGCAGUAAUGUGACGGGCAGCUGGAGGAGCCUAUCAGCAGCCUCGGAGGGCGUCGCUCUGCAAGAGAACGUCACUGAGGAGAAAGGCGUUACUCAGGUACGCAGUGUGUUGACUCUGCAGAGUCUCACCUCUGUGUCAGCUGUUCGCUGUGAAGCCAAGAACUCUGCAGGACGCCGAGCGAGAGACCUGCAAGUCCUGACCAGCUCUCUGCUGUCUCAGGUCGCAGUGCUGGCAGCAGUUCUGGUUCUGGUCGUCAUUGCCGUCGUCUUCCUGAUUAUCCUCAUCGUCCUCUGGAGAAAAAAACCUCGGUAUGAAGUCCGCUGGAAGGUGAUCGAGUCAGUGAGUCCUGACGGACAGCAGUACACCUUCCUCGACCCCGCACACCUGCCCUACAACUUCACCUGGGAAGUCCCCCGAGACAACGUAGUACUAGGUCAGGUGUUGGGUUCAGGGGCCUUCGGUCGUGUUGUUGAGGCGUCCGUCUCUGAUCUGCUUCACUCUCAUUCUACAACUAAAGUGGCCGUCAAGAUGGUCAAACCCAGCAGCGGUGCGGUUCAGUCUCUGAUGUCGGAGUUGAAGGUUAUGGUUCACCUCGGUCCUCACCUGAACGUCGUCAACCUGCUGGGAGCGUGCACGAGAGGAGGUCCUGUCUAUCUGAUCACUGAGUUCUGUCGUCAUGGAGACCUGGUGAACUACCUGCAGAGGAACAAACACACCUUUCUUCAGAGCGACACACACACCAAGAGUGAUGGGGACGGAGGCUACAUGGACAUGAAUAAAGAGGAGAGCGUUCAUUACGUCGCCAUGAAGGAGCUCAGCUAUGCCGACAUCGAACCCGCGGUGUACGAGGCGCCUUACACAGCGGCAGGCCAGCAGGAGGCGCCGUCUGUUGUUCUCAGCGACUCUCCUCUCCUCACGCUCAGCGACCUCCUCAGUUUCUCCUUCCAGAUCUCUCAGGCCAUGGACUUCCUCUCCUUCAGAAACUGUGUCCACAGAGACCUGGCAGCGAGGAAUGUCCUGGUGUGUGAGGGGAAGCUGGUGAAGAUCUGUGACUUUGGUUUGGCCAGAGAUCUGAUGAAGGACCAGGAUUACAUCGCCAGAGGAAACAGCUUCCUGCCGGUGAAGUGGAUGCCUCCAGAGAGUAUUUUUCAAAACACUUACAGCUCUCAGAGCGACGUCUGGUCCUACGGAGUCGUACUGUGGGAGAUCUUCUCUCUGGGUGGGAGCCCGUACCCCGACCUCCCGAUGACACAGGAGUUUUACUCGUCUCUGAAGAGAGGAUACAGGAUGAGCCGACCCAACCACGCUCCUCACAACAUCUAUGACCUGAUGAAGCAGUGUUGGGAGGAGAAACCUCAGUCCAGACCGUCUUUCUCCUCAUUGGUCGUCUCCGUGGGCAACAUGUUGACUGACGACUACCAAAAGCGUUACCUCCAGCUGACCGAUGACUUCCUGAAAGGUGAAAGUCCAGCUGUUGUUCGAUCCAGACCAAGUCCAUCCGGAGCUGCUGGAGAUCAGACGGACGAACAGACGGACACAAACGGAAGCCCUGCCCCUCACCUGUUGGAGGCUGGGCCAGAAGAGGCAGGCCCCUUCCACGGUACUUGCAUUAUCCCCAUCACUGAAAUCAUCAUAGAAACCAGCGGCGACGCUGCGCUGGACGCAGUCAGCCCUCAGCUAUUGGAGUCUCAGGACACACCAGGAGCACAGGAAAUGACAUCAGCUGCUGAGGAAGAGGAGGAGAGCUGCCUGUGAAGGUCUCAGCUGCCUUACAGACAGGAUGGAGGGCUUAAGUAAACCAAAUAUCCACCAUUGUGCUCCUGCCAGGAACUACCGAGAUUUGUAAAAACCCAAACAGCACCAUCAUUACCUGCUAUCAGCUUGAUUUCACCCUCGGUGCUGACUGUCAGGCUGCCAAACCAGAAGUGCUUUGAAACAGUUUAAAAAUAAAUGUUUACGUUUUGAAUUAUUAUUUUCAUAAAUCGUCUCAACAAACAAGAAACAGAAAUAUGCCUGCAGCAGGUCCUGAAUCAGAAUCCUAACUUUAUAAUAUCCAGCUUCAUAUUCUUCAUUUACUUUUAUCAAACUAUCUAUCUUACUUUGUAUUAUUCAGAAGUGUCUGUGUAUAUCUGUGUUAUAAACUGUAUUAUAACAACCUGUAUAAUAAUCAGUAUUAUUACAUAUUAUUAUUAUAUUACAUAUUAGUAUUAUACAUAUCAUAACCUGUAUGAUAAUCAGUAUUAUUACAGUUGAUUAUAUACAUAAUAUAAUCAUCUGUAAUAAUACUGACCCCUACUAACCCAGGUUAUUAUAAAUAUAAUAAUCUGUAAUAUAAUACAGAUUGACUUGAUCUGAUUCAUGUCAGAACUGAAACUUUUUAUUAAAAUAAAUAUCUAAAUAAAGUCCAGUUUUCAGUUUCUUUUAAAACUUAUGAGUUUAUGAAUAUAAACCUUGUAAUAAAUUAAAUACGAUAUGUU